CCCGGCGCGGUCUCGCAGCCCGGCCCGCCGCAAGGCUUCCUGGGAGGGGUAGUCCCCAUGCCCGGCCGGUCCGGCGGCGGCAGCGGCGCGCGCCCGCCCGCGGGACUACAGAGGGUGGCGCGCGGGUCGCGAGGCUCUUCCGCCUCGUCUUCCCUUCCCGCCUGCGCGCCCGCCCCAGUUAUCAUGGCGGCUCCCUUGGCCCUUGUGCUGGUGGUGGCCGUGACCGUGCGGGCGGCCUUGUUCCGCUCUAGUCUGGCCGAGUUCAUUUCUGAGCGGGUGGAGGUGGUGUCCCCGCUGAGCUCUUGGAAGAGAGUGGUUGAAGGCCUUUCACUGUUGGACUUGGGAGUAUCUCCAUAUUCUGGAGCUGUAUUUCAUGAAACUCCAUUAAUAAUAUACCUCUUUCAUUUCCUAAUUGACUAUGCUGAAUUGGUAUUUAUGGUAACUGAUGCACUCACUGCUAUUGCCCUGUAUUUUGCAAUCCAGGACUUCAAUAAAGUUGUGUUUAAAAAGCAGAAACUCCUCCUAGAACUGGACCAGUAUGCUCCAGAUGUGGCCGAACUCAUCCGAACCCCUAUGGAAAUGCGUUACAUCCCUCUGAAAGUGGCCCUAUUCUAUCUCUUAAAUCCCUACACGAUUUUGUCUUGUGUUGCCAAGUCUACCUGCGCCAUCAACAACACCCUCAUUGCUUUCUUCAUUUUGACUACGAUAAAAGGCAGUGCUUUCCUCAGUGCUAUUUUUCUUGCCUUGGCUACCUACCAGUCUCUGUACCCUCUCACCUUGUUUGUCCCAGGACUCCUCUAUCUCCUCCAGCGGCAGUAUAUACCCGUGAAGAUGAAGAGCAAAGCCUUCUGGAUCUUCUCUUGGGAGUACGCCAUGAUGUAUGUGGGAAGCCUCGUGGUAAUCGUUUGCCUGUCCUUCUUCCUUCUCAGCUCUUGGGAUUUCAUCCCUGCAGUCUACGGCUUCAUACUUUCUGUUCCAGAUCUCACUCCAAACAUUGGUCUUUUCUGGUACUUCUUUGCAGAGAUGUUUGAGCACUUCAGCCUCUUCUUUGUGUGCGUGUUUCAGAUCAACGUCUUCUUCUACACCAUCCCCUUAGCCAUAAAGCUAAAGGAGCACCCCGUCUUCUUCAUGUUCAUCCAGAUUGCCAUCAUCUCCAUCUUUAAGUCCUAUCCGACGGUGGGGGACGUGGCCCUCUACAUGGCCUUCUUUCCUGUGUGGAACCAUCUCUACAGAUUCCUGAGAAACAUCUUCAUCCUCACCUGCAUCAUCAUCGUCUGCUCCCUGCUCUUCCCUGUCCUCUGGCACCUCUGGAUUUAUGCGGGAAGUGCCAACUCUAAUUUCUUUUAUGCCAUCACACUGACCUUCAACGUUGGGCAGAUCCUGCUCAUCUCCGAUUACUUCUAUGCCUUCCUGCGGCGGGAAUACUACCUCACACACGGGCUCUACCUGACUGCCAAGGACGGCACAGAGGCCAUGCUCGUGCUCAAGUAGGCCCGGUGGGCACAGGGCUGCACGGACCUCAGGAGGUGGAAGGGCCAGUAGCUGGGCCACGCCUUCUAUCCAGAGUUGCCAGCAGGCGAGUCCUUGGGAAGAAAAGGUUCUAGUCCAGGCUCAUGAAUCUCUGGUACCAAAGGGGACCAUGGCUGACAGCAAGGCCUGUGGGAGUAGCUGAGAGCAACCCACUUGGACCCCCACUUUGUGGCUCUGCACACCAAGGUGCCCCCUCCCAGGCAGGAAGGGGGAAGAAGCAGGUGAGCAGGGCUUAUUAGGUUGUGGCUACUUAAUAAAUGUGUUUUGUUAUGAAG